AUGUAUCCUCAUCGUCGCGUGCCAGAAGGCCAAGGCGAACAUGUCUUCUGGCGCUCCAAUACAGUUGACAUCCCCGACGACGUGAUCGAUCCCCAACUGCUUGCAGAAAGCAACCAGAGCGAUGCCGCUGAUCAACCAAGUCUCCCUCAACAGGCACCUCAGCUGCUUGUAGAAACCAGCCAGAGCGAUGCCGUUGAGCAGACUAGUGUCUAUCAACACCCGCCUCUGGACGUCCAUCAGUACAACCCUCAGGUCGAGCUUCAACCCAACCGUCACGUUUCCCUUCCUCCUGGGGAUGGAAGUAUCUCUCAACAGCAGCAGUUGGGCCUCCAUCAUCCCAACGCUUUCUCCAACCCUCACGUCAAUCCUCAAGUGAUCUCUCGGUUUAACUCUCAAUCAAACCCUGAAUACAGCCCUCAGGAUCACUCUCCUUCUCGAGAUGGAAGUAUCCAUCACCAACAACCGUUCAACCCUUCUUCUCUCGCUUACUCUCCUCCUCAAGAUGGUCGCGUCUUUUUCCAGCAAGCGGCAUCGAGCCCAUCACUCCCACGUCACUCUAACCGCAUGUCGCAAGGCGACGUCCGAGCCUUCCCGUCAGCCAGAACACCUCAUUGCCAACAAGACAGAAUUGUCAGAGCCAACGUCCAAUCACCCGCUAAAAGCAAGUCGAGAGCCUUUAGUCGCGGAUUCGGUCAAGGACCAAUGUCGGAGGCGGAUGAGGGUCCGUUCCGGUUCCAGGACGAACCUGACAGCAGCCCGUUGACUUCUCUAACCGCAACCCCAGCCAGGCCUUCAAGACCAGACAACAGCGACAUGGAAAUGGACUUGAACGAUUGGGAGUCCGGUCGAGAGGCUGAGGUUGGGAUUCCCAGCUCAAGCCCUCCGCAAAACAACGUGACACCAAAGCGCGUUGGUCAAGGACAAGAAGAAGACUUACAAGGACGUGAGGGACAGUAUCAGCGACCGCGAAGGUACAACAUAGGCUUGCUGCUGGAAAGCGUGACUAUACCUUCAGUGGCAGACAUGGAGAUCGAGGAGGGUGUAGACGAAGCAACAAGCCAUGCGGAUGUGGAGUCCGCAUCCUACGAUCCUAGCCUCCAGAGACGGGAAUCUCAAGAGAGUGCCAGACCUAGAGCUGCCAGCCUGGACAUCGUUACUCCUCCACGGGGCAGCAUUUUACGGCGCUUUGCUCCUGGAACUGGGCUAUCUUUCCCAUCUGGAGUACCUUAUUCGACUCGUUACUCCGACUAUAUUCCACCCCCCGAAGACUUUUGGCGGCCCAUCUUUGCAGCACGACCUGUGCUUCCGGGCAGAGACUUGGCUGUUGAGCGUGGCCGAUCUUUGUCCGCAGAUGGGAGGACUCGUACUGACAACGUCUCCGGACCGCAAGACGGUGAAUCUUCUCGACAUGGCCAGCACCUGAACUCUCAAACCGAAGGAGUGCGACACCACACGAGAGCAGCUAUCCCUGGCCCCUCAGCAACUGCGAGUACUGCGCCCCAUAAUCCGCAACCAACAACCUCAAGACAUGGACCCGCGAGCCUGCCUCAGGACGCAUUACAAGAAACAUCAGUAAAUGAAGUUGUAGAAGUUACAGACCCCAUACUCACCCACCGCCGUGGUCCACAUCGCCAUCACCUACGCCCACUCGCCCCUAACCCCCCCAUUGAAGACAAAGGAGACACCUCACCUCAACCCCCUCACCGCGAUAUUACAUGUACUCAGCAGCACACCCAAAGCAACGACCAAACCCAGCAACCUCGAUUCACCAACAUGGCCCAAUUCCAACCUCUCCUCGCUCUCCCACCCCCAAUCCAACACCCCCUCCUCCUCUCCCCCUUCCCCCCUCGCAUCCCGGGAACCCUCACGCCCGCCCUCCUCUCCCUCGCCAUGAACCCCCCUCGCUCCCUGCAACUCGGCACCACCGACUCCCUGCAGCCCCACCUCCGCGCAUGCGGCAUGCCCGUCCUCUACAACGACAUGUACCCGCGCGCUCUUCCCAUUUCGGUACGUCGUGAACCCUUCAACCGCACCGUCUUCGUCGAGGCACGAUACCUUUCUGUCAUCGGACUACUAUACCCUAGGGCGGAGUUCAUCGUGAGCAGAAUCGCCGAGGGGGUCGGAAACCAAAAGGUGGAGCCGAAUUCGGGGGUGAUGAUGGAUAAGUGGCAUGUGUAUAAGGCGGUAAGGAUGAGUGGGGAGGAGAUGCAGAAGUUGGGGGUUUGUGUGUGGAGUGAGAAAGUGUGUGGGGAGUGGGAGCCUGUUGUGGAGGAGCCCGAAGGAAGGGAGGUGAAGAGGGUGAAGAGGAUGGAGGUGGUGGAUGAGGAUGAGGAUGAAGAGGAAGAGGAAGAGGAGAGUGAUAAUGCUGUUGUUGUUAGCGGUAGAGCGAAGGGGAGUGAAAAAGAAGGGAAGGAGAAUGUGCGAAUGACAGUUGAGGAAGAGCUUGACGAAGAGUGUGAAGACAUGGAAAUCAUUGAUGCUGGGGAGGUUCAGACAUCCAAGACGACAAACAGGAAAGAAAGGGCCAAAGAAGUGCAGGUUGCCGACAAGAAAGACAAGGGCAAGGAAAUCCUGCAGGAGAAUAACGACAGCGGUAAUGCAGCUGCGCCUCCUGCACCCACAGGUUCAUCAGCAUCUGCAUUUCCCCGGCGCUCCACAAGAGUUCAAAGUCGACAGGCCAGCGUAGAGGAAACCGCCAGCACCAAAUCCGAAAACACAACAACAGCGCCUUCCAACCUCAGUGGCAAGACCAUCAUCACCCGAAAGUUACGAGCAAUCCAACUAGACGAAACCGGCGCCACCAUCACCCCCAAUCCCAAUCCCGCCCGACCAACCAAGACCCCCAAACCCCGACUUUCCACAGCCGCUACCACAGCCACAACCACAACCACCAAACCUCCCAUCACCCCCUCCCACCGCACCUCCUCCACCCCUUAUAUGAUCACCCUCCACCAACGGGACUACCCCCUAGGCGGCGUCGCCCGCAUCCAAUGCACUCCCCAAGCCCGGCAAGUAAUCGAAUCCAUCCAAAACGCCUUCGGCGUCCAACACCCUUACGAAGUCUGGCGCCACAAAGACUACACGGUACAUGACCCCGACACGGGCGAGAUCACGCAGCGGUACAUCAAGGUGUUGCGCGGGUACGCAGGCGACGAGAAUACAGACGAUGGACUGAUGCGGUUGUUUCUUGAUGAGAUGGACCAGAGGAUCAAAGACAAGGCGAAGAAGAAAAAUGAAAAAGGGAAGGUGAAGGAUGGAGAAGAAGAGGAAGGAAAAGAUAUGGCGGCUCUGGAAGAAAGGGUGGCGUGGAAGGAGAGGUAUUUGGCGUUGAAGCGGAGGGGGAAGAGAGCUGUUGCGCGCGCCAAGGGGAGGAGGAGGGAGGGGGAGGAUAUGGAUUUGGAUUAUGAUGAGUGGUUGGAGGAGCGCCAUGAGCAGGAGGGGGAGUUGAUCGAGAAGUGGUUUGCGGAGCGAGAGGGGUUGGUGGAGGAGGAGGAACUUGCCAGGAAGACGGUGGAGUUUGCAUUGUUUGAGUAUGGAGGAGGGGAUGGACUUGCGCUGGGGAAGCCUUGA